UUGUCCUACACGCGAUUCAUCUAUGCAGCGCAGUGACUGGGAUUCGUGGCUUCAUUAAAUGUAAAGUAAUUGUAAUUUACCAUGCCUUAUGGCAGGCAAAUCCACACACAUCCACACAUUUUACCAACUGAUUACAGUUGUCGUAUCAGAACGAAGUAAAAAUAAAUAAAUAAAUAAAUAAAUAAAUAAAAAAUCCCCAUCACGCAGUCGGUGGACUCUCCCACAUUUUACUUUCGGUUCAGCCAGCUCACGGUCAGUAGGAAUCUUGACCACAUGUGAAAUAAGAUGAUGAAGUUAGUUUUGCUGCUUCUCUUGUGUCAUGUUUCAUCAUCAGUGAAACACUCACUGAAGUAUUACACCACUGCCUCCUCUGGAGUCCCAAACCUUCCAGAGUUUAUGAUCGUAGUACAGGUUGAUGACAUCCAGGUGACUUACUGUGACGGCAGCAACAAGAUAUUUGAACCAAGACAGGACUGGAUGAAAAAAUUAUAUGAUGAAAAUCUUGAAGUCUGGAAAUUGCACACUGAGCAGUGUUUUGAGAUUCAACCACAGCGCUUUAAAAACAGACUGAACAGUUUUAUCCAGCUCUUCAACCACAGCGAAGGUUCAGGUGUUCACAUUUUACAGGUUAUGAGUGGCUGUGAAUUGGAUGAAACGACUGGAGAGGUCACUGGUUUUGAACAGUAUGGUUAUGAUGGAGAAGACUUCAUUGAACUAGAUCUGAAGAUGUUGACGUGGACCGCUCUGAGACCAGAGGCUGAUAUUAUCAAACAGGAAUGGGAUGAAGAUACAGUUACAAUAAGAAACAAUAAGAAAUUCCUCACUCAGAUUUUCCCUGAGUGGCUGAAGUUGAGAUUGAAGUAUGGGAACAGCUCUCUGCUGAGAACAGACGUCCCCUCAGUGUCUCUCCUCCAGAAGACUCCCUCCUCUCCAGUCAGCUGCCACGCUACAGGUUUCUACCCUGACAGAGCCAUGAUGUUCUGGAGGAAAGAUGGAGAGGAGAUUCAUGAAGGAGUGGAACAUGGAGAGAUCCUCCCCAACCAUGAUGGAUCCUUCCAGAUGAAUGUUGACCUGGACAUUUCAUCAGUCUCACCUGAAGACUGGAGGAGGUACGACUGUGUGUUUCAUCUCUCUGGUGUGGAGGACGACAUCAUCACCAAACUGGAUGAAACACAGAUCAGAACCAACUGGGUGAAGUCCAGUAACAAGACCACCAUCAUCAUCAUCAUCUCUGCAGUGGUUGUUGUUGUUGUCGUCUUUGCAGCAGCUGCUGGAUUCAUGGUUCAUAAAAAGAAACAAGACCAAAAGGCUCCACCUGAUCCUGAGAACAUCUCUGAGCUCUCUGAGAGACUGGAUCCAGAAACCUGACUGACAAACUCAGUUCACUGAGUCACCUUAGAGUAUAUGGGAGUUACAUUCAUCAUGCAUCAACGUGUCAUAGUAUUAGUACUAAUAGAAGAAAUUUGUAAUGGCUUAGAGUUUGAACAUGAAUUACAUUUAUACACUAACAACUUUGCUAAAAACUCAUGAUACUAGAUUCCUGAGGCCACGUUUGUUUCUAUUCUAAGACAUGGUCUCAUGGAGUCUGCUGUGCUGCUUCUACUUUAUAUUUUUUCAUGUGCUGACCUUUAGCUUCAAAUGAGGAAUCAGAGAUGUUUAUGCAGUCUGGUAUUGACUGUUGUAAUACACUUUUUACAUCUCUUAGUGAGUUGUCCAGCAGUCGGUUGCAGGUUAUGGAGAAUGCUGCUGGUAGACUACUAACUGGAUCAAAUAGACCUUCUCAUAUCAGCCCUCUUCCUUUUCACUGGCUCCUUGUGGCUUUCAGAAAACUGUUUAAAGUUUUCUUGUUAAGGCUCCUGUCUAAGGUGAUUAAGUUUUUUAUCAGAUCAAUUAAUGACUGUACAGCUGGAGUCCAGUGAUGAGUCAUAACAACACUGAACAUGAACAAAGAGCCUCCACAGGGUUGCUCCAAAACUCUGAUCACACUAACAAAGACCACGUUUUAAUUAAUGAAAGUUAGUUUAUUGGUAGACAGGUCAUGAGAGAAAUGGAUGGAGGGAUGAGAAGGGGAGGAAUGAAGUGAAGGGCUGAAUGUGUAAACAUGAUGGUAGAGGAACCCAGGGAUUGAGACUCGGGGUGGGGGCACAUCUCAGGAAGCUUCAGAUCCUUGUUAACCUGGUUCCUGUAAUGAAAGAUGGAAGAGGAAGAAAAGGAAAGAGAGGGAUGGGGAGGUGUGGGGGUUGAGACCUGAGACAGACAGAGAGAAGGUUAGGACAUAGUUUUAUAGGUACGUUAUAAUAAAGUAUUUAUAAUAACACUUAAAUACAGUGUCGUAUGUUUUAACUAACAUUUCAGAAAUGUCACCAGUUUUCAAAAAACAUAAAUAUGUGUCAAAUGUAUCAAUAUUUUUGUGCUGUUGUUUCACAAGUUUAAUAAAGUAUUGUUUCAAA